AUGGCGGCAGCAGACAGCCCCUCAGCCGCCCUCCGCCGCCGCGACCUGUGCAGCCGAGGCAUCCGCCUGGCCGGGAAGAUGCGCUCGGACGUCGUGGACCUCCUGGACACCUAUGUGGAGCGGCAGGGCUUGGACGCCUCGGCCAGCGUGGCGGCAGUGGAGGGGGUGCCGGCGGCAGCGGCGGAGCGCUGGGAUGAGCAGACAGGGACCCAGCGGCUGCUGGAGAACCUGGCGGCGUACCGGGCCUUCCGGACCCUGCUGGCCCAGAUGCUGGAGGAGCAGCGGGAGCAGCUGGGUGAGGCCGACGCUGCCCUGGGCCGGGCGCUGGCGGCCGUGCUGCUCCAGGUCUCGGCCUUCGCCUACCACCUUGAGGAGCUGCUGCGACUGGAGAGCCGUGGGCCCCCCAGCGAGGAGGGGGCUGGCCCCCCCCCACCCCCCCACCUCAGCCUCUUUGAAAGGAAGCUGCGGGGCCUGGGGGUGCUGCGGGAGCUGGCCCAGUGGGCCGUCAGGUCCGCACGGGACCUGCGGCAGCUUGCCAAGCCCAGCCUGGGCAGCGGCUUGGCCCCCAGCCCGGCUGAGAGCCCUUGA